AACCAAAAAAGAAAACUAUAUAUUAAACACUUCCUCAGCUAAAGGGUUGAAUUUUCCCCAAAUUCUGUUUUAGGGUUUUUUGAAGAUCUGGUUUUAAUCCAAUGGCAGCUGAACCAAAACCUUCCGAGGAAGUCAAGGUUGAUCUCUUCGAAGACGAUGACGAGUUCGAAGAGUUUGAAAUCAACGAAGAGUGGGAGAACAAGGAAGAAGGGAAAGAGGUGAAUCAGCAAUGGGAAGAUGAUUGGGAUGAUGAUGAUGUUAGUGAUGAUUUCUCUCUUCAGCUAAGGAGGGAGCUAGAAAACAAUGCUCAGAAGAAAUAAAACCAUGUUUUAGGUAUCUGAGUUCCAUAAAAUAUUUCUUGCUGCAAAAGAAAUUGAAACUUUGCCUUAGGUGUAUUGAAUGUUAGAUCAGAAACAUAUAAGAGCAUGAUUUUCCUUUUGAUUGUUCGCUAAGAAAAUUUACGAUGAAGUUGUUGAACGUUUGCACUUGGAUCCGAGUCAUGUUUUAGUAAUUGGCAUCUAGCUUUAAUUUUUCUUUUA